AAGGUGUAUAUUACGUUGUCUGACUAUAGUUAAUUGUAACUGAAACCGUUUAGUGUAUAAUGUUGCACAGUGUAAAUGCAACGUAUUUCCAGUGUUACCGAUAUUUCGUUGCUAUCAACAAAUCACAUAAAUAGAUAUACACUCAGCACAAAAUUAUGAGGUGUCUGUGAAUAAUACACUGCCAUCAGAGUGGAAGUUAUUGAUUUCGUACUUCAUGGUCAAGGUCGUUUUCUAGUGGAUCAGUGGAUGUCCUAAAUUAUAACGAAACAUAUACAUCUGUCGAAGAUCUUGUUAUUCUGUUUUUCAUCAAGCAUAUAUUCGUCUGCAGAAUGGAGGACCCAGUGGUGCAAAUUAAACAAGGAAAAUUGUUAGGAUCAAUAUGCAGGGACAUGAAUGGAAAUGCUUUUUACAGUUUUAGAGGAAUUCCUUAUGCACAACCACCGCUAGGAAAACUAAGAUUUAAGGCACCAUUACCGCCUUUACCGUGGCAAGGCAUUUUUAACGCUAUCCAAAACGGCAACUGCUGUUUCUCAGCAGAUGUUUUUGAAAAAGUAUAUGUCGGAUCCGAAGACUGUUUGAAUUUAAACGUGUACACACCACAUUUACCAAGAAAUGGUAGAAAUUUGUUGCCCGUCAUGGUAUGGAUUCAUGGGGGUGGUUUCAUAUGUGGUUCAAACAACUCAGAUAUGUAUGGUCCUGAGUUUCUUAUAACAGAAAAAGUUGUUAUAGUGUCAAUAAACUACCGAAUAGGACUACUAGGAUUUUUAAGUUUAAAUGAUCCAUCAGCAGGAGUUCCUGGUAAUAGCGGGUUAAAAGACAUGGUGAUGGCCUUAAAGUGGGUGCAAGCGAACAUACAACAAUUUAAUGGAGAUCCUAAAAAUGUUACUAUAUUUGGGGAAAGUGCAGGUGGUGUGGCAGUUCACUUGUUAGUAUUAUCACCAAUGGGUCAAGGUUUAUUUCACAAAGCCAUAGCUCAGAGCGGAUGUGCACUAAAUCCAUGGUCCAGAGGCAGAAAAGCAGACAAAGAGAUAUUCGCCGCCUUUGGAUGUGAAGGAAAAAGCGAUUUAGAGUUUUUGGAACAUCUGCAAAACUUAUCUGUACAAAAAUUGCUCCAAAACCAAUCUAAAAUCGACUACUUUAUAGAGCCUGCCGCAUUAAAUGUGUAUGGAGUAGUUAUAGAGAGAACAUUUGAACAACAAGGGGAAGUACCGUUCAUGUGUGAAGAUCCACUCGAUAUAAUUUUAUCAGGAAAUUUUAGUAAAGUGCCUUUCAUCUUGGGUUGUACAAAUUUAGAAGGUUUGGUUGUUAAUACUUAUCGACCUAAAAGAACAGCAAACAUGCUAAAUGAUCCUGAAUCGAACUUGCCACAUUUUCUUGGUUAUAAACGUGGUGCACCAGAAAGUCAAAUUGUGGCACAUAAAGUUCAGGAGUUUUAUUUUGGAAAUAAGAAACCGGGUCAAAGUACUCGAGAUCAGCUAUACGAUAUGGUAACCGAUCACACGUUUAUGUAUGGAAUUUAUGCAUCUAUUAGACUUCAUACUAGGAAUUCAGAUUCACCAAUAUAUUUUUAUAGAAUGUCCAUAACAACAUCUCUCAAAUUUCUUCAAGCAUUAAUGCAAGUAGAUAGAGAAAAGGGAGCAGCGCAUGGUGAUGAUGUGGCUUAUUUGUUUAAAACCAUAUUUACCCCGUCACUGUCACAAGAUUCAAUCGAAUAUAAGUUCAUAAGAACAUUUGUUAAGUUGUGGACCAAUUUUGCGUACUACGGAAAUCCAACUAAAAAUGUUUCUUCAAUCAUGUGGAAAGAAGCCACGAAAGAGACAAUUGGAUUUCUCGAAAUAGAUAGAAACUUAUCGUUUCAACCUAGAUUUUUUCAUAAAAGUAUAUUGUUUUGGGAUAAAAUAUUCUCUGAAAGUCCAUUAGGCCAAAAAUUUGCAAAGAUUCCAUCUAAAUUUAUUUAUUUUUUUUACUUACGUACUUUUCCUAGCAUGGAGGAACCAGUAGUUCAAAUAAAACAAGGAAAAUUAUUAGGAACGGUGUGCAAGGAUAUGAAUGGAAAUGCUUUUUACAGUUUUAGGGGGAUUCCCUAUGCACGACCACCUCUAGGAACACUAAGAUUUAAAGCACCACUACCGCCUUUACCAUGGGAAGGAAUUUUUAACGCUACACAAAACGGUAAUUCCUGCUUCUCAAUAGAUCUUUUUAAAAAAGUACCGAUCGGGUCUGAAGAUUGUUUGAAUUUAAAUGUUUAUACGCCAAAUUUAUCAAUAAAUGGUAGAAAUUUGUUGCCCGUCAUGGUAUGGAUUCAUGGGGGUGGUUUUUUAAGUGGUUCAAACAACUCAAACCUAUAUGGUCCUGAAUUCCUUAUAACAAAAAAAGUUGUUAUAGUGUCAAUCAAUUACAGGCUAGGACUGCUAGGAUUUUUAAGUUUAAAUGAUCCAUCAGCAGGAAUUCCUGGUAAUGCCGGGUUUAAAGAUAUGGUUAUGGCCUUAAAAUGGGUGCAAGCCAACAUAGAGCGAUUCAAUGGAAAUCCUAAGAACGUUACUAUAUUUGGAGGAAGCGUAGGCGGUGGGGCAGUUCACUUGCUGAUGUUGUCACCAAUGGCUGAAGGUCUGUUUCACAAAGCCAUAGCUCAGAGUGGAUGUGCACUAAAUCCAUGGUGCAGAGCCAGAAAAGCAGAUGACGAUGUGUAUGCCGUCUUUGGAUGUGAAGGAAAAUCCGAUUUGGAGUUUUUGGAACAUCUACAAAGGUUAUCUGUACAAGAACUACUCAAAAAGCAAUCUAAAAUCCAGUACGUAGUACAACCCAACGCUACAAAUGUGUAUGGAUUAGUCAUAGAGCGACCAUUUGAGCAACAAGGGGAAGUACCGUUCAUGUGUGAAGAUCCGUUGGAUAUAAUUUUAUCGGGAAAUUUUAGUAAAGUGCCUUUAAUCAUGGGUUAUACAGAUUUAGAAGGCUCAGUUGUUGAUAGUUACCGACCAGAAAGAUCAUUGGACAUGGUAGACGAUCCUGAAUCUAACUUGUCGCGUUUUCUUGGUUAUAAACGUGGUACACAAGAAAGUCGAAUUGUUGCACAAAAAGUUCAAGAAUUUUAUUUUGGAAACAACAAACGUGAUCAAAGUGUGCAAGAUCAGAUUUAUAGUGUAGUGACCGAUCAUGGGUUUCUUUAUGGAAUUUAUGCAGCUAUUAGACUCCAUGUCAAAAGUUCACAUUCCCCUGUCUACUUUUAUAGAAUGUCACUGGAAACCUCCUUGAAAUUUCAUCAAGUAUUAACGCAAAAAGAUAAAGGGAAGGGAGCAGCGCAUGGUGAUGAUGUAGCUUACUUGUUUAAAACUAUAUUCACACCUCCACUGUCGCCAGACUCGGUAGAAUAUAAAUUCAUCAGAAUAUUUAUUAAAUUGUGGACAAAUUUUGCGUAUUACGGAAAUCCAACGAAAAAUCUUUCGUCAGUUAUUUGGGGAAAAGCGACAAAUGAACAAAUUGGGGUUCUUAAAAUAGACAGAAAGUUAUCAUUUCAGCCUAGAUUUUUUCAUAAAAGUGUGGCAUUCUGGGACAAAAUAUAUGCUGAAAGUCCAGCAGGACAAAAAUUUGCGAAGUUUUCUUAUAAAUACUAACAAACUGGUCCAUUAGUGGAUAAAAGUAUAUGUCACUAAACCACUUGAAAAAAUUUACUAUGUUGCUUAUUGUGAACAAAACCAUAAUUCUUUU